CGGGGCCGGUGCUACGCUGCCGCCGUGCGGCGCCCGGAGCCGGCCCGCUCUCCUGCCCCGUGCCCUCCGCACAGCCUCGGGCCUGGGCUGGGCUUGGGCCCGGGCGGCGGCUGCUCCCGCCAUGGUGCGGUGCGGCGCGGCGGUGCUGCGGAAGUACAGCAACUUCAUAGACGAUUUGCGGGUCUAUGUGAGAGGAGGAACUGGUGGAAUGGGUUAUCCUAAUCUGGGAGGGGAAGGAGGAAGAGGUGGUGAUGUCUGGUUCGUCGCCCGAGAAAGGACUACCUUAAAGAGCAUUAGGGAGAAAUAUCCCCAGAAGCGAUUUGUAGCUGGAGCAGGAGCCAACAGCAGUGUUAAAGCUCUAAAAGGUGAAAAAGGAAAAGAUUGUGAAGUUCACGUGCCUUUGGGAAUUUCAGUUCUUGAUGAUGAUGGCAAGCAGAUUGGAGAGCUUAAUGCAGCAGGAGAGAGAUUCUUAGCGGCUCGUGGAGGUCUUGGAGGCUCUUUGGCUACAAACUUUCUGCCUUGCAAAGGUCAGAGGAGAACUGUUCACCUUGAUCUGAAACUUAUAGCAGAUGUUGGCUUAGUUGGGUUUCCAAAUGCAGGAAAGUCAUCCUUGUUAAGCAAGAUUUCACAUGCCAAACCUGAGAUUGCAAAUUAUGCAUUCACAACAAUACAGCCUGAACUAGGAAAGAUCAUGUAUGCAGAUUAUAAGCAGAUUUCAGUAGCUGAUCUCCCAGGACUGAUUGAAGGUGCACAUGCAAACAAAGGAAUGGGCCACAAAUUUCUCAAACAUGUAGAGAGAACCAAACAGCUUCUCUUAGUUGUUGAUAUUUCUGGGUUUCAGCUGUCUAUGAAGACUCCAUUCAGAACAGCCUUUGAAACAAUAUUGCUUCUAACAAAGGAACUGGAGCUGUACAAAGAGGAACUUGUAUCAAAGCCUGCACUUCUUGCCAUUAAUAAAAUGGAUUUGCCUUGUGCAAAGGAUAACUUGGAUGAACUUAUGACACAACUAGAGAAUCCUCAGGACUUCUUUCACUUACUAGAGGAAGAAAUGAUUCCAGAAAAUACUCUUGAAUUCAGAGAGGUGAUUCCUGUAUCUACAUAUACUGGAGAAGGAAUUGAGGAACUCAAAACAUGUCUAAGAAAAUCCAUAGAUGAGCAAGCAGAGCAGGUGAAUGAAGAAUAUCGGAAAAAGAAACUCCUGCUUUUACAAACUUCCAAAGAAGAACAAAUUAAUAGAAGCUGGCAUUCCUGAAUGGAUCCAGCACAUUUUAAUAUUUUAACUAUGCACAUGAAGCCUUUGUUGUGCAGACCUUCCAUUUCAUUGCUCCCUCUUCCAUCAUUGCCUGCUUACCUCCAUUUCUUUAGGCACUUGGGUAGGGCACAGUGGGGAAAGAGACAAGUUUUUUUUUUUUUAU